AUGGAGACACCAGGGAAGACUGAUACGGAAAAUACCGUUCAAACCAGUUGUACGGACGGGAAUGCUGUAGAAAACAGUGGGAAACGCAAGAGCGAAGAGACAGAGGAACAGGGUAAAUGUAACCGUGGAAAGAGGCGAAGAGGUACCGGUGGGAAACAGUUACGUCCGGGGGAAAGGUAUGUGCCUCCUCCCCAGAAACGCAACCCAGGUGUGAGUUUUAGUAAAGAGCAUUUUGACGAGACCUCGUAUUAUUUUGAGGGAGGACUUCGCAAGGUGUACCCGUACUAUUUUGAUUUUAAGACAUACUGCAAGGGUCGCUGGAUUGGUAAGAGUCUACUCGAGGUUUUUAGCAGCGAAUUCCGGGCGGAACCUCUGGACUACUACAAAAAAGCAGUCAAAGAAGGACGUAUUCGACUAAAUGAAAUUCCCGUUGAUGACCUGAACAUAACAUUAAAGAACAACGACUUUAUGAGGAACACUGUGCAUCGUCACGAGCCACCCGUGAGUGGACAACCCUUGGAAAUUUUGGAAAUCAACGAUGAGGUAGUUGUAGUGGAUAAGCCUGCCUCACUGCCUGUGCAUCCCUGCGGUCGUUUCCGUCACAACACGGUCAUCUUCAUCCUGGGAAAAGAGAAGGAUUUGACUGGUCUUCACACCGUUCACCGCCUGGACCGACUCACCUCCGGCGUGCUAAUGUUCGCUCGCACUCUGGAAGUGUCCAAAAAGCUGGAUGAGAUGGUUCGAGAGAGACAACUGGAGAAAGAGUAUGUCUGUCGAGUUGAGGGCGAGUUUCCAGAGGGUGAGGUGAUAUGUGAGGAACCGAUACUUGUCGUCUCUUUCAAAGUGGGCCUUUGCAGGGUGGACCCGAAAGGAAAACCCUGCCGCACGGUCUUCCAAAGGCUUAGCUGGAAUGGAAAGUCCAGCGUGGUGCGCUGUUUGCCGCUCACUGGGCGCACUCACCAGAUUCGAGUCCACCUCCAGUACCUCGGUUUCCCCAUCCUCAACGACCCCAUUUACGGGUCCGCCGCCUGGGGUCCAGAGAGGGCGAAAGGGGGCCUGGUCGGGAUGAGCGACGAGCAGCUCCUGGAUGCUCUUUUGGAGGAACACCGAUCCAAAGAGAGCCUGUAUCUGUUGGAUAUCUCAGACGAGAGCCUCGUUCAGAAGAACGGGAAGGAGGAGAACAGGGUUGAGGACGGCGUCCAAAGCAAAGAGCGUCCCUCCGACGACACGUCAAAGGAAUCAGCUCCGGGGAGUACGAGUCCUGGAGUAAAUGACAGGGCCACAGUUUCUCUCUCCGCGUCUGACGUGAGGAGCACCGCUGCCACAUCAGAAGCUUUCAGGCACUCUGACUCGGCCCCGGGGGACUUAAACGGUGCGCAGGACGAAAAAGUUGCCGCAGAAGCGUCUGAUGGAUUACCUAACGCUGCAGCAACAAGAAAGGUUGUGAAAGACCAUUUGUGCGGCGAGUGUAAGAUUGUGCGGCAGGACCCCACAGAGAGCGAACUCGUCAUGUACCUACAUGCAUUGAGAUACAAAGGACCUGGCUUUGAGUAUUCAACUCGUAUGCCUGAUUGGGCCAAGGAAGACUGGGUCCCGGGCUAA